AUGAACUUCCAUCUCCGCGUGGAACUGCAGAGUCUGAAGCGACGUUUGGUCGGUGGAUAUGGGUUCGACCUGACCCGCUUCUGCGCCGGGUGCUGGGUGCAGUUCGGCAGGAUCACGAGACGCGGCUACACGUGCAGCGUGUGCAAAACGAAGGUGUGCAAGACUUGCAGGCAUUUCGUGGGGGCGAGGUAUUGGAUUUGCAUCCUGUGCCACCGGAAAAAAUACUGUCCAAACGAUUCUUGGCAUGAUGAUGCAAACCUCAAGAAAUACAAGGCGAGCCAGGGAAAGAGUGGAACCUAUCUGCUUCGCUUGACAGACUGGUCCUCCCGUGGAGUCUUUGAUAUUCAUCCGUUGAAAAACAUCAACACAAGAAGAACUUACUCUUUCUGUGAAGAAAGUUUAAGUAAAAGCUCGUCAUUGCCUUGUGAGCUCCCGCUCACAGAAUGUCACGAUUACGAGUUUUGGAACACAGGGUUUGUUCAAUGCCGAGUUCGGAGACUGGAAGAGGACUUGUCGGCCAACUGGGAUAACGGAUACAAUUUGUGGAAUUCGAAUUUCGAAGUGCAAAGUCUCUGCAGUUUGGAACUGGAUAGAAUUCGUCCGGACAGUGAUGACUACCGGAUAGCUUAUCUCAGCAGUACAUCCCAAGAAUCCAGUUUGGACUACGUCGAUGACAAUUUCAGUUCUUUUGGAAUGGGAACACUGGAUGUUAAAGUACACAAAAAGUACCGUCUGCCGGAGGACGAAGACUGGGAUUUAUCGAUUAGCUCCAAUGAUGAACAGGAUUCAUCAUCAGAAGAAGAUGAAUUCUAUUUUUCUGGAAAAGAUUUAGCGAAUGGAAAUUCACAUUUCGUUGCAACUUCGCGUUCUUCUACCGAAACGAAUAAUUUCUCGAACGAACCGAAUAACUUCUCUUCAUCAUCAACUGGAAAAAAAUGUUGUGAUUUGUCACGUGCCUCUGACGACUUUGCUGAAGCUUGUAGUUCAGAUAAUACAAAAUGCAAAGAUACUUCUUCGGAACUUUUUCAUAAGGAAGAAAAAACUGAAACUGGUGUGAAUUUCUGCACGAGUGCGCGUAAGCUGAGCCAGUUCUCUCGUGGCUUCCGCUCCCCACCUCAGUUGAGCCAACAAAGUGUGCCAGCUGUUCAACGGGUCUCUCGUGAGCGCGAAAUAUGCCUCCCAACAACGGCAGAUGCUGCGGUCACUCUACACCCAACGGCUGAUUGCGACCGAGAUUCCUGCCGCAUCGAUUGCGGGAAAUGGCUUACCCCGGGUAUUGAGCUGUGUUUUGGAUAUCCUCUAAUCUCGGAUUACCGUGAAAGUGAGAGGACUGCGUUGCUGGAUUACUGUGACACGAGGGAUUACCUGCGUCCUGGAUGUGUGCCAACGAGAACCUUUGAGCAGCUGAUCUGCGACUUUGUGACAGUUUCCCGUUGUACGAGUGAUUACUGCUCCGUUGGUGUUUGUUGUGGUGAAAUAAAUGAAAAAAUGGCCGCCUGCGACAGUAAUGCUCGUCUUGUUAAUAAGGCGACCAGGACUCCUGGAAGAAAUAUAUCGAAGUUGAAGCAGUUUUUUGAUUCUAAUAAUGUCGCCUUUUUCGCCGGUGGCAGUAAUUCAUCGCGAACGAACAGUGACGUGAGCUCUAGUCAUGAAAAUAAUGUGAGUGUUGUGGACAGUACUCCAAAUGACAGGUGUUCUGAAAAUAUUAAAUCGCCUGAUCCCACUAACUCUGUUAUUCCCCCUGGUGUUUUAAUCGAUGCGUCAUCUGUUAGUACUUUUAAAACACACUCAGACUCAUCCUUUCAGUCAUUGCAAAAUUCCACCUCAGAAGUUUUAUUUAGAGGUAACUCUUCAUCUGGUGGUCUUUGGAAAAAUGUAAACAUUGGUGCCAAAACUGAAAAUGAGGGGUUGUGGACAUCUCCAAAUUAUGAAAGUCAUCACUUAAAUGAUAAUUUUGAAUCAGACAGUGAUGUAAAUCAGAUAUCAAAUGCAUUUGUUGCGUCUACCGCAGAAUUAAAUUGCCUCAUUGCAUCUUCACGUGCUGAAUUAUCAAAGAAAAAGGAACCUGUCCUUUCUGAUAAAUCAACGCUUGAAAAUUAUUUCACAUCAUUUGAAAACAGUAAACCCAAAAAUUGUGUGCCAUUAGAAAAUGUAGAAACAUCUGAUGCCAAUUGUAAUUCUUCAGAAUUUAAUAAUUCCUUUGACUGUGAUAUUGAUGAAAUAACUUUUGAUGAUGAAGAUGCAACAUACAGUGAUACAUCUUCUGAUGAAGAAUUAAAAAAUCAUCCAUCUGCUAUCAACACAUAUUUACCUUCGUAUGCACUCCAUACAAUAAUAGAGGAAAGCUGUGAAGAAAGUGAGAGAGGCUCUCGAGGUACCACUCCUACAAAUAACCCAUCAGCGUCGAAGCUAGAGCGAUAUUUCAGUUGGGAUAUUAUAAAUGAUAAUGAACAUAAUUUGCAGAAAAAAGAUGAUGAUGAAAGCACAAUUUACAGUGAUUCUUUAUCGGAAGGUUCAGGAUCUGCAAAUGGUGAUAUCAUGAAGGAAAUUGAUCCCAUUCAACUGGCUUCUUCUCGUCUUGAAAAAUAUUUUACUUCCGGUCUCGUAGGAAAUGAAAAUUAUUUUUACCCUGAUGAUGCUGAGUUUUUAGAUGAUCAUCCAGUUAGUGAUUUUGAAGAAGAUAGUGUUCAUCAAAAGAUAAGUAGAUCAGCUUUGUUAAAUUCUUUAGAAACCAAACCAAGUUCAGAUAGUCAGCAGCAAUCCAAAGUGGAUGUGGUAUUGAGCCAACAAGAUGUGAAUGAAAUUUCUGAAAAGGAGAUUGCUUGUGAUAAUAUUCAAACUGAUAAUGAUAAAAAUCCUGAAAAUUUAACUGAUAAGCAAAAUAUUUUAAGUAUGGAAAUGUUGUCUACUGACUGUAGCCUAAAAGAAGGAACAUCUGAUGAUGAGCUGCUUAAAAAAGAUGUAAUAUCACAUGAGCUUAAACCAGCAGCAGAACCGAUGGACACUUCUUCCUCUUAUGAAUUAAAUGCCAAUUGUGAUGGUAUUCAAAAUGAUAUUCAUAACAUUAAUGCAGAGUCAUGUAAACAAAAGCAAAUUGUCUCCAAAGAGCAACUCGCUAGUGAUGUCCAAGCCAUCAUUAAAAAGCUGUUAGUGUAUUUUUCUCAUUCCACAUCAGAGUCUUUCCAAGAAAAAACUGAAACAGAUUAUGUAUCUGCAUGGCAGAUAUUAGAAACUGAAAUAGAGCGUCUCAUGCAGUCCAUUUCUCCAACAGCUUCAUUAGAAAACAAUAGCUGCAAUAAUAGUACUAUUGAUAGCAACAAUAGUGAUUAUGGCAGCGACACCAUCGAAUCAUUAGACUGUAUGACAGAUGAUGAUGAUAAUACAGAUGCCAAAAGUCGUGUUAAUGCCAAAUAUCCCCUCUCAAGCUUUUUAAAUUCUACAUACAAAGUUCCAUCAGAAUAUGAUUUACGUAGUUUUCACAUAUCAGAUGAAACUUUAAGCAUAUGGAAAAGGUUAAUCCAUUCCCUUCAAAGAGAUAAUUCUUUUAUAGCUGAUGACAAAACAAAUGAUGUAAAUUCUGAAGCUCGUCUGUAUAUAAGGGAACAGAUUAUUACGCUUAUGCAUACUAUGACAGUUAAUGAAAAUAGUUGUAUAAAAGAGCUGGAUAGAGAUGUUGAAAAUAAGGACAGUUUACCUUCACCAAUUCAGGAAAAAGAUUUUAGUAACCUUAAUGAAGCAUUUAAUACUUGUGUUAAUAAUAAUAAUAUAUUGCCGCACCUUUUCCAAUCGAAUAUUACUGAUAAAAGUACAGAGCAACCAGAACCAUCAGUUGAAGUGCUUUCUGUUAGCAGUAAUGAAAAUUUUCCUGUCGACUCUACUUCAAGCUGUAGCAAUACAAUUCCAAUGUCUGAAACAUCUGAUGAAGACAUAUUGGAUAGUUUUACUCCAGAAUCUGUAGAUGUACCUGAUUUAUCUGUGAUAAGUAAUUCCAAUGUAUUCCUUACAAAUUCUUCUCAUAGCAUAAAAUUUACUGGUGACAAAAUAGCAGUUGACGAAGUUGAUUUGAAGCAUGGAAAUAGAAUUUCUGAAGCAAAACUCUGUAGCAAAGAUGAUCUGAAUUUUUCUGUUUUUGUUGACAUUGAACUUGGUGAAGAGGCAGCUUCUAUUACUCAACGUAAACCAUCUAAAAAAUGUUCUAAGAAAAUGUCUAGUGAAGGAGUUAAGACAUCAUCAUGCCAUUUAUGGGUUGAGGAUGAAUCAACAGAAUUUGAUGUAAAACAAAGUGAUAUUCAGGAAAUACCUAAAGCUUCUAAAAAAAUUUUUGGAAAAGAUCAUCAUCAAUCUAUUUCAACAAUAGAGUCAAUCAAGGAAGCUGACACCCCAAAAAAUACUCCGAGCCAAAAUAAAUCUCAGCGUGACACAGGUUAUUUCUCUUACAAAUCAUCUGAUGACAGCUUGUUGAACUCCAGCAUUCCACCAGGUGAUUUUGAAGUUCCAAAUUUCAAGUCUUUAAAACGAUCUGUGAAAAAAUUUCCUUUGACUAACACCUUAUCCAAAAGCACCAAUAAUAUUAAUCAAACGUUUUCUUCAGUUGAAGCUAAGUUCAGCACACUUCAGUUAAAAUCUCACAAAACUAAAGUUUCUAUGAAUCCUAACUCUACGUCAUCUCGUCAAUUUACUUCUUUAUUUUCUCCUUCUGCUGUUUUCAAGAGAUUGACUGGAUCUAAGAGUAAUGAUACUACAAGCCCAGAAUCUUCCAUCCCAGCCAAAUACCUAAAAAAAUAUGCAAGAUCUUCCUCUAUUGAUAAUGAAAGUAUGUUUGGAGCCAUAUCCAUGCCUCAAUUGAAUUGCCCGAAAACUGGUGAUUCAUAUUCAGCAAUUGGACUAUAUUCAGACAAUGACAAAGACAGUACAAUCACAAUUGAUGAUGAAGGAUACAGCAAGCCAUUUGCAUGCAGUCAAAGUGCUAUUUCUCUUGGGUCUCACAGUGCAAGCAUGACAAGUGUCUACAGUGCCGCUGGAUGUCAUUAUGGUUAUGUUACUGUAAGUGGGGAUGUUCUGUUUGGAUUGAAUUACAAUCAAAAGUCUCAGAUGAUGGAAGUUUUUGUCAAGCAAUGUAGGAAUUUAGCUGCUGUGGACACUCGUCGGAACAAGUCAGAUCCAUAUGUGAAAGUUUAUCUUCUUCCUGACAAAACAAAGGGUGGCAAAAGGAAGACCAAAACUAAAAAGAGCACUCUUAGUCCUGUUUUCAAUGAACUUCUUAGGUUUCCUGUAUUGAAACAUGAAUUAGAAUCUCGUACUCUAUGGCUGUCUGUGUGGAAUAGUGAUCUUUUUGGAAGAAAUGAUUUCUUAGGCGAAAUUACUUUGCCUCUUGGUUAUCGUCUAUUGGACUCACCUACUCUUAGGUGGUAUCCUCUUCAAGAAAGAAUGGAGUCUCUAACAAGUCCCUUGAACUACAAAGGAGAGUUAUUUCUCGCCUUAAAAUAUGUGCCAAGGGAUUUAAGUUUGGAGUCUCGAUUCCGGCCUGCUCCUGUCAUCUCGCUAAGAGGAGCUCUUCAUGUGCUCGUUAAAGAAGCGAGGAAGAUCUCUGGUAACAGGAGCAAUGGCACAUUUGAUGCCUUCUGUAAAAGCUAUCUCUUGCCAGAUAAGAGCAAAAGCAGCAAGCAGAAGACGCCUGUAGUGAAAAAGAGUAGGCAUCCCAAGUGGUACUACACAAUGAUCUAUGAAGACAUGAGCAUUGAAGAAUUGAAAGAAAGAAGUUUAGAACUUACAAUUUGGGAUCAUGACAAGAUUACAAGCAAUGAAUUUAUGGGUGGUGUUCGAUUAAACACUGGAUUAGGUUUGUACCAUGGAGUUUCUGUUGAUUGGAUGGAUGCUCGCAGAGAUGAAUCUUCAUUAUGGAAUGCCAUGCUUGAGAGUCCAAAUAUGUGGGUUGAUGGCUGUCUUCCUCUCCGUCCAACUAUGCAAUUUCGACACAGUUGAAGGAUAAUCUAUUUUUUUAUAAAUCAGGGUCAAUCUUUCAUAAUGGUGCUCUUCAGCAUGUACUAACUAUGCUUGAAAAGUGUUUCAUUUUUCUUCCCCAUGAAAAUAAGUUGAGACCUACAGAGCUUAUGAAAAGUUAUCUUAUUUGUGUGAAAUCAAAGCAUUUUUUCUACUGAACUACUUUUUUUUCCAAUGCUGAAGUUUCAAAAGUAAACUAAAUGUUAUCAUUUUAUUCAUUUAAGGCAAUAAAAAUGCCUUUGAAAGAUUUUUGAAGCAAGAAAGUAUAAUUUGAUUUAAUUUGAGUUGCCUAGGGACUAAACCUAGUUAAUGCCUCUUAUUUUGAUAAGAUUAAUUGACGUAAAAACGACACUUCCAGUUAGCUUUUGCUUCGUUCUUUUUUCUUUUUUUUUAAAGAAAUGUUUUAAGCUAGUUGCGCUAAUCAGUGUUAAUUCAUAACUUAGGAACUUUCUCAAGUUAUUUUUAUAUGAUCAUUUUAAUUUUCCUGUCACAUUAUUUAUUUAGUUUCGAGUAGUUUAAAUAUAUUUUAAGAAAUUUAUCAUUUAAGCAUUUUAAAUGUACAAAUGAUGCUAGACACACUAUUCAAUACACACAUAAAAAACCUUAUUCCAUUCCCCUUUAGAAAAUGCUGAUCUUCCGUAGUGUGUUAGCUUUGUUUUUGCGUAAAUUGUGUUAUAAAACGUUUUAUGGAAAUAGUUAACUAUUCCUCUGUUAUUAUUUUUAUUUAUUAAUUUUUUUUUGGUGAUUUGUGAAUUUGAAGAGUAUUUCACCAUUUUCAAUUGCUGUACAAAGGACACAAUAAUACG